AUGGCUACAGCAUCAACAUCUGCAGUGCAUAAGCCACUUCCUGCGCUGCAGCUCACAACAGUCGCUCAUGAAACACUUGAAAGUGCUACAACUGCGGCAAAUCUACCAUUUUAUAAUAGUGAAAACGAUGACACUGGUGUGUAUAUGGCUGAAAAUGGAGAGUUCCGAGCAUUUGCAAAUGGAUCUCCAAAAACCCCAACAUGUACCAUCCGCCGGAAGCAUUCACAGGUUGAUUUAGUGCUACCAAGUGCGUCUGCUUUCACAGAACAGGGUCAGCCUCAAUUCUUUUGGCCUCCAGUCUUUGGACAGACAUCUGUGACAUGGAACCAAGUAUUUGCUCUUAUCAAGCAACCCGAGCAUUUAUGGGACUGCUGGAAGCCAUCAAAAACACUCGAUAAAUAUAACCUUCAUGAUCAAUGGGCAUGCUGGAGUGUUGGUGAGGGGGUAAAUGAUGCAGAUGGUAAUCAGACAGCUAUCAAGCCACCUCUACGUGAGGUGGAACGACAUUUUGGAUCACUCAAUUCCGAGGGCAAGCAUCUCAAAAGUUGGCGAAGCGGAAUUUCAUCCAAAGACCGCAAAUUCUGGCAGCGAUUCCGAGAAAUACCUGAGUAUAUUGACUCAGAAGCUCAUAAUCGCAAGGUCUCUCCACUUGCAAUCAUUGAUGAACUUGACAUUCUAGGGCAGCAAGACAAACAAUUAAAGGGACUUUCAGCCCUUACAAAACAUAUCAAAUUAAAGCGGGAGGCUGCAUCUUUGCAAAAGGAGGUGGAAGCUCAACCAACCAAGCGGAAAAAAGCUGUAGCUCCUCGUCGUCCUCUAAAAAAGGCCAAACAUGAUAACUUAUAA